AUGUCUGAAAUUUCUGCCUUAGCUCAAGAGUUAUCUAGCUCCUUGAGAAAAUUCCCUGAUUUCCCUUCCAAGGGAAUUCUCUUUGAAGAUUUCUUGCCAAUCUUUGAAAAACCUGAAUUGUUCAAGAAGUUGUUGAAGGCUUUCAAAUUACACCUUGAAGAGAAGGGCACCAAAGUGGACUAUGUUGUAGGAUUAGAAAGUAGAGGUUUCCUUUUCGGUCCAACUUUAGCUCUUGAGCUUAAUGCAGGAUUUAUUCCUGUCAGAAAGCCAGGAAAGUUACCAGGUCCAGUUGUUUCAGUCGAGUUUCAAAAGGAAUAUGGUAGUGAUAGAUUCGAGAUGCAGGAAGGUGUUAUUCCAAAGGGUUCUUCUGUACUUAUUGUUGACGAUAUCUUGGCUACUGGUGGUAGUGCAUACGGUGCAGGUGAAUUAGUCAAAAAGAAUGGUGGAGAAGUCACUGAGUACUUGUUCGUUAUGGAAUUGGAUUUCUUAAAGGGUAGAGAUAAGUUAGGUGCUCCAGUUUUCACAUUAUUAUCUGGUCAAGAAAAGAAACUUGAGUAA